AUGUUCUACUACUACUGCCACUCUACUACUAUACCGUCAUCAACUAGCCGAUCCCGAGAACAAAUCUUUGAUCACACCGCGAUGAGCAAGUCCAGUAGUGUUAGCUAUAAAAGAGUGGAGCUGUUCGAAAACCCGAAAGUACCCAGCGAAGUGGAAGACGAGAUACUGGAAAAAUAUGCGGAAUCUAGUUUGGAUCACGAUAUGACUGUUAAUGAACUACCGAUAUUUUUCCAGGACUUACAACUGGAACCCACAAUUUGCAAACUAGUGAGGAACGAAGAAGUUGUCAUUGAGGGCACUGAGGUGAUAGAUUUUGCGAAACUGAUACGAUGUACAUGCCAAUUACUGAUACUAAUGAAUAAUCUAACAGUGAUAGAUGAUAUGUGGUCGAUGCUAAUUAGGAGUUGCGGCAGAGAUGUGGAUUUCCCCCAAGUAGCGUUGAGAGAUCACGUAAUAAGUGUAAAAGACCUACAGAAAAUUUCCAAUCUCAUCGGGACUGACCAGAGCGAAGGGACCAUUGAAAUGAUUAGCUCUGCGACUGACGGGAAGAGGCUUUUCAUGACGUAUUUAGACUUUGCUUGUGUAUUGGGCAAAUUAGGAUACUUGAAGAUGUAA